AUGAGGAGACAUUGUACAACGUGUGAAGAAGCAAAACAAUGUGAAAAAUUAAGAAUCAAAGAAUUUUAUGAACUGUCACCCUUACAUCGAACAGAAGAAAUAGUAGAAAUGGAAAAUAAUGAAAAUGAGAAUAUAUUGGCUAUGAAUCAAUUUAAUUUUUUGGAUAUGAAACCUCUAAAAACUGUUCAGUUGGAAACAAAACAUUAUGUAAUUAGUGCCUCAAAUGAAUGUGUUAUCAUCUUUGAACAAAAUGAUGCAAUAAAUGGAAAAUUUGUAUUCUAUGAUAAUAAUGGCAAUAAAAUAAACGAAUUACGAUGGAAUAUGAGUGAAAAUGGUUAUGUUCGCGAUGUUUGUUGGUGUUCAUCAAAAAAUAUUUUUCUUAUUCUUACCCAUAAUUCAUUAUUUACAUUAUCAUCAUCGACGCUUGAAUGGAAUCGAGUUAAAAAUAUAAAUAAAGAACAACAACAACAAGAUUUAAAAUCAUUAACAAUUCAUGGUAAUAAUAUAUUUAUAAUGCAUCGAUUUGGUGAACAUAUAGAAAAAUUAUCAUUAUCAUCCUAUGAAAUAAUUCAAUAUUGGACAAACAAAAGUUUAUUUCGACAAACAACAGUAGAUGCAACAAAUUGUUAUGAUUAUGCUGGAUGGAUACGAUCAAAUGAUGUUUAUAUUGCAAUGACUAUCUAUGAUAAAAAUGAACAAUGGCAUUUAUUUUUAUUUGAUGAAUAUCUAAUUCCAACACGUCGUGGUUUUGUUUUAAAUGAUUUAUCAUCUAGAGGAAAUUGUUUAAUCACACAUUUAUGGGAUAAUCAAUGGUUAUUAAUGAACAAUAGUAAAACAUUAAGAUUAAUUGAUUCAACAAUUGGAAAAAUGAAAAAAAAUCAAAGAAAUUCAUACAAUGGAUUAUCAAUAAAUGCAUGUGUUUUGAAUAAAGAAUAUAUUGUUUUAAGAUCAUUUGAACCAAACAAAAUUGAAUUUUAUCGUCUUUGA